UUGGUCAGCGCGGGCUUCCGUAGGCUGACGUCAGAGUCACGUGUGCCGCCACAAAAUCACAACAAGGAAGUCCGAGGGAGGGUUUGGGAGCAGUUUGAUGUUUCCAGAGCGGAAGAAAUGAGGUUUUUGGCUGUUUUCGCGGCUUUGUCCUGCUGUUUUGCGGCUCCGGAAGAGCCCAUUCAAGCCUUUGUGAUUCCUCACAGUCACAUGGAUGUAGGCUGGGUGUACACCGUCCAGGAAAGCAUGCACGCCUAUGCAGCCAAUGUGUACACCAGCGUGAUCGAGGAGCUGUCAAAGGUCAAAGAGCGCCGGUUCAUCGCCGUGGAGCAGGAGUUCUUCCGACUGUGGUGGGACACUGUGGCCUCAGAUGACCAUAAAAAACAGGUGCGACAGCUCGUCAGAGAGGGCCGACUGGAGUUCGUCCUGGGAGGCCAGGUGAUGCACGAUGAGGCCGUGACUGACAUGGAGGACCAGAUCCUGCAGCUGACGGAGGGCCACGGCUUCCUGUACCAGACGCUGGGCGUGCGGCCCCAGUUCUCGUGGCACGUGGACCCGUUCGGGGCGUCCGCCGCCACGCCGGUGCUGUUCGCCCUGGCCGGGUUCAACGCGCACCUCAUCUCCCGCGUGGACUUCGACCUCAAAGACCGCAUGCAGAAAAGCAAGAAACUCCAGUUUGUGUGGCGAGGCUCCCCCUCCUUAAAAGGCGAUCAGGAGAUGUUCACCCACACCAUGGACCAGUUCAGCUACUGCACCCCGUCUCACCUGCCCUUCUCCAACAGCUCUGGUUUCUACUGGAACGGAGUGGCCUUGUUCCCGGACCCCCCAACAGAUGGGGUCUACCCCAACAUGAGCCUCCCCGUCACCACGGAGACCGUUCACGCCUACGCCAAGACCAUGGUGGAGAACAUCAAGCAGAGGGCGGCGUGGUUCAGGACCAACCAUGUGCUCUGGCCCUGGGGCUGCGACAAACAGUUCUACAACGCGUCGGUGCAGUUCGGCAACAUGGACCCUUUGAUGGAGUACAUCAACCGGAACAGCGAAGAGUUCGGGGUCUCCGUCCGGUACGCCACCCUGAGCCAGUACUUCCAGGCCGUUCACCAGGCCAACCGGACCUGGGACGUCCGCGGGAGCGAAGACUUCCUGCCCUACUCAUCAGAGGCGUUCCAGGCCUGGACGGGUUUCUACGCGUCCAGAAACGUCCUGAAGGGCGUGGCCAGGCGGGCCAGCGCCCGGCUGCACGCCGCCGAGACGCUGUUCGCCCGAAACCGCAUCCUCCACCCGCACGGGCCGGUGGGCGGGGCCUGGGCCCUGGACCGCCUCCGGGCGCUCCGCUGGGCCGUCUCAGAGGUCCAGCACCACGACGGCAUCACCGGCACCGAAUCCCCGAAGGUGGCGGACAUGUACAUGCAGCACCUCUCGGGGGCCAUGGCGGGCGUGGAGGAGCUGCUGGAGGCGCUUGUUUUGCUGCCCCACGCGUCCCGGGGCCCCGGAAAAGCCGGAGAUUCCUCCCCGGCAGGCGUGGAUCCGACCCCGGAGCUGCAGGUCCUCGUCUACAACCCGCUGGCGUGGAACGUGGCGGCGUUGGUCAACGUGUCGGUGGCGUUCCCGGACGCCGCCGUCUACGAUGAGGCCGGGCGGCCGCUCCCCGCUCAGGUCCAGGCGUCGGCCCCGCCCCUCUCCGCCUUUGAUCUUUUCUUCGUGGCGGAGCUCGGCGGGCUCCAGCUGAGGUCGUUCUCCGUCCGGUUCUCCGGGGGUUCCUCGCACACCUACAGGGCGAAGCCGGUCCGGCUGGGGAGGCUCGGGGUGGCGGGCGGGGCCCGGAGGGGCAGGAGGCUGCUGCCGGUGCUCAGCCCGUGCUACAGACUCAUGCUGGACAUGGACACCAACCUGCUGCACAGCGCCACCUACCUUCCGGACAGGAGGCGGGUGAGGAUGACUCAGGACUUCUGGCAGUACGACGCUAACGGGGACGUGGGGGCGGGGCCUAUCUCCGAUAACUACGUGUUCAGCGCCAUUUCCCCGGCGCGGCGGGCCUACCGCGCCGUGGAGACGGACAUCAUCCCGGGGACGGUCGUCACGGAGAUCCGGCAGCGCUUCUACAGAGGGGAGGGCGACCUGCUCCCGGCCUACUCCAUCACCACGCGGAUAGCUGCCGUGUAA